GCGGCUCCAUGGCUCCACACAGAUACUCUCCGUCCUCCGCAGUUCAGAGCGAGAGCAGCGGCACCACAAGCACCUACUACGGAGAGCCACAUGCAUUUGACCCAUCCUUCAGAGGACCCGUUCGCUCCAGGAGCUGCACAGACCUUCUGUGCUGUGUGCUGUUUGUGCUGGUGCUCCUCUCCUACAGUCUGCUGGGGCUCGUGGCCUGGCUCCAUGGAGACCCCAGGAAGGUGAUACACCCCACAGACAGCCGGGGCCAGUUCUGUGGGCAGCCAGGGACCCCCAAUGAGGAUAAGUUGUUCCUGUUUUAUUUUAACCUCUUGAAAUGUGCCAACCCAGCCAUCCUCAUCAACCUGCAGUGCCCCACCACACAGAUGUGUGUGUCCAGGUGCCCGAGUAAGUUCCUCACAUACUCCGAGGUGCAGCAGCAGCAGAGGCUCGGCCUGGGCAGGAGCUCCUGGGAGGACUAUCGGCACUUCUGUAGAGCAGGCUUCAACAAACCCCUCAAGCCUGUGUCCCAGGUGCUACGGGACGAGGACUGCCCCUCCAUGCUGGUGCCCAGUCGUCCAGUUCUGCGGAGGUGUCUGCCUGACCUCUCUUCUCACAAUGGCUCUGUGACUGUGGCCAACAAGACUCAGUUUGUGGAUGCACUGGAAAAAGCUCGGAGCGUCUCAGAGCUGCAGGAGGCCGCCAGGGGGAUCACAGGCCUGCUGGACACCAGAGAGAUGGGACUCAAGAUCAUGGAGGACUACGCCAAGUCCUGGUUCUGGAUCCUCAUGGGGCUCCUGAUGGCUCUGGUGGUCAGCCUGAUCUUCAUCCUGGUCCUGAGGUUUACAGCUGGUCUUCUGCUUUGGGUCACCAUCCUGGCCUUCAUCCUGCUGCUGGCCUACGGAAUUUGGGUGUGUGUCCUGGAGCUGUCCCGUCUGAGGAACAGUCCUGGCUCUGAGGUGACCAUCACUGAGCUGGGCCUUCACACUGACCUGCAGUUGUACCUACAGCUGCAGCAGACAUGGACUCUCCUCUUGGUGUGUCUGGGCUCAGCUGAAGUGGCUGUUCUACUGGUUCUGCUCUUCAUGAGGAGGAGGGUGCGCAUCGCCAUCGCACUGCUCCGAGAGGCCAGCAAGGCCAUCGGGCGCAUCACCUCUACACUUUUUUACCCUGUGGUCACCUUCAUCCUGCUGACCUCCUGUGUGGCCUACUGGGCCCUCACUGCUGUACACCUGUCCUCUUCAGGCGAGGCUGUGUACAAAGUUAUGGCUCCAGACGAAAGCUGUCCUCAGGCCAACAGCACCUGCAACCCAGAGACCUUCAGCCGCUCUUCUGUGCACAGCGCCCCCUCCUGUGCUGGAGCUCAGUGCCUCUUCGCCUUUUACGGGGGAGAGACGCCCUUCCACAGACACCUGCCUCUUCUGCAGAUAGCCAAUCUGAUAGUUUUCCUCUGGCUGCUCAACUUUAGCCUUGCCUUGGAACAGUGCACCUUAGCCGGGGCUUUUGCCUCCUACUACUGGGCCCAGAGAAGACCCCAGGACCUCCCCCCAUGUCCUGUCUACUCCUCCUUCAGCCGGGCACUCAGGUACCACAUCGGCUCUCUGGCCUUCGGCUCUUUGGUCUUGUCUCUGGUACAGUUUGUGCGCAUCCUGCUGGAGUACCUGGAGACCAAGCUCAAAGGGCUGAACAACUCAGUGUCUCACUUUGUCCUCUGCUGUCUGAGCUGCUGCUUCUGGUGCCUGGACAGAUUCCUCCGCUACAUGAACCAUAACGCCUACAUUAUGGUGGCUCUGUAUGGGAAGAACUUCUGUACAUCUGCACGCAACGCCUUCUUCCUCCUGAUGAGGAACGUGGUCAGGGUGGCAGUGGUGGAUCGCCUCACUGAUGUUCUGCUGUUCCUGGGCAAGGUGCUGAUCGCCGCAGCAGUCGGGGCAGUGGCGUUCUGCUUCUUCACCAAAAAACUCCCCGUGCUCCAGGACGAGGUCCCUCAGCUCAACUACUACUGGGUCCCCCUACUGACGGUGGUCCUGGGGGCCUACCUCAUUGCUCAUGGUUUCUUCAGUGUGUAUGCCAUGUGUGUGGACACGCUGUUCCUCUGCUUCUGUGAUGACCUGGAGAGGAAUGAUGGGAGCCCAGAGAGGCCAUAUUUCAUGUCUCCGGAGCUGCACAGGAUUCUGGGAAAACCUCACUGACAUUUGCACGCAGUUCACUUUGGACUUUGUCUUUCU